AUGUCAAAGGACACGGAGCUUUUCCAGCCUCCCAAAUCAUACCCUGAGGCUCCAAAAGACAUGUACUAUCAAGUUCCAACAACAGCUCCUGCUGUUCGAAGGCAAACAUCUGCCUUCCCAUGGGAACGGAGCGCUCCGGCCCCAACGCGGGUUUUUAUAGGGGAGGAUUCCGAACCCAGCCAAGCUCCUGAGGUUUCAAUCUCUUCCGCUCGGCAAGGCGUUUCCUCAACCAAGGAGAGUACCUCUGGCGGGUUUGAAUCGUAUUCCCGAAACAACGCCUGGGACGACAUGCCAGAAAUCGAAAAGUACAUGCGCUCACUUCAAAAGCCACGUCGUGCGGGCGUAUCGGUCAUUACAGGGUCUACACAUGCCAGAAAACCAUCGACUGGAUUGAAAUCUCCAGCCAGGAAAUCUAAUCUGCGUCAAACACAUUAUCCACCAGAACAUGACGUGCCCAGCCCGGCCGUCACACCAGCUCUAAUCAUGAGAAGGCCAAGUACCUCUUCAACAGCGGACGAUCACUGGGAAAAUGAAGAACUUCCUGCUGCUGAAGGUGUCCCUAACCAGGCGGAAUGGAACCCCAUACAACGACUGAAGGAACUUCAGCGACGUCAGUCGCAAUUCCUUGAAAGACACCUUGACCUUAAACCACAGGAGGCUGAUGGCGAUGGUGCCGUCAGAUGCCAGCGGAAUACGAAAUGA